GGUUUUACGAUUCCGGCAAUGUACGCCUUGUUUUCCAAGUGGACGCCUCCAAAAGAGAAGACGCUGCUUUUGGGUUUUGCCUACAGUGGUUUUCCAAUGGGUAACAUUAUUGUUUACCCUUUGUCCAGUGCACUUUGCAGACUUGAUUUGGAUGGAGGUUGGCCCUUGGUUUUUUAUUGUAUAGGAAGCUUCGCCAUCAUAUUGGGUAUACUUUUGUACUUCCUAACAUUUGAUGAUCCAGGUGACCAUCCAAGAAUUUCAGAAGCUGAAAGAAACUAUAUAAAGUCCUAUCAUAUGAAGAAGUUCUCAAAGAAACUGAAGACACCCUGGAUAUCAAUGCUAAAAUCAAUGCCAAUCUACGCCUACAACGUUGCCCAUUUUGCCCAAUCCUGGAGUUUCAUCACAUUGGCCACCAGUAUUCCAAUGAUGUUGAAGGAUAUGCUGGGUCUUGAUAUGAAAUCGAAUGGUUUUCUGUCAGCUCUGCCCUAUAUCUGCAGCUACAUCUCCAGAUUCACGAUUUCCGUCACUUUUAAUCCCAUAAAACGACUGACCAGGCACCGCCAUCCCAGCCUUGAGCCUACUCUGUCUCGGCCUAAUAACCAGAGAAGACAAAUUCUGGGCAAUCCUGUUGAUAUCCUUAUGCACAACAUUCACCGACGUCGGCCUGACAGGCUCAUACCUGAUGAGCUACCUGGAACUGGCUCCACCUUUUGCCAGUUCCUAACAGGAUUCUCUAAUACUGUCGGAUCUCUUCCUGGAUGCGUUUCUAACACAUUGACUGGAUACUUAACCACUAAU